AUGGCUAUGUUCCUGCGUGAAACAUGUCGUGCAGUCACCGGAAAUGGGAGUAUCCCACCACAGCGUUGGAAUAAAUCUAUCCUGCAGAUGAUCAAGGGGCAAAAUGGGCUCUCGCCAAACUAUGCAACCCGGACUGUCUUCAAGCGUCGACCGAGCCUGAUCGAUGUGUUGAAGAUCGUGAUGCAUCGUCACAUCGGAAUCCUAGUACUCUGCAGCACAGUACGCUUCAGCGGGUCGAUAGCAAUACUCAGUACGCUGCCAGCGCUACUAGAGCGGAAUUACCAUUACAACACUCUCCAGAUCGGGCUGUGUUAUAUCCCCUUCGCUGUUGGGGGCAUCGUCACCCGUUGGACAGUGGGGACAGUGACUGACUGGAACUAUCGGCGCCAUGCACAGCGAAAUGACGUAGAAGUCCGAUCCAACGAGCAGCAGGAGCUGCGGGAGAUACCCAUUGAAAAGGCCCGGCUGCAGAUUACCAUUCCCCUCAUGUACCUGUCAUCCUGUUCCGUUCUGGCCUAUGGCUGGACCAUGAGCUACAAUGUGCAUAUUGCAGCCCCUCUCAUCACUUUGUUCCUGCUGGGAAACACGGACGCAGGUGUCACUAACACCCUGAAAAUGCUUGUGAUGGAUUUGCAUACAUCCCGGCCGGCUACUGCGACGGCAGCCAUGAACAGCUUUAAGAAUCUCAUAGGAGCUGGAGCUGUUGCUGCUGCCUUACCUCUGAUCAAUGUUGUCGGAAUAGGAUGGAUAGGGACGAUAAUCUCCUUAUUGUGGCUCCUUGUUACCCCGGCUUUGUGCAUUCUGUAUCUUAAGGGACAUGCUUGGCGAGAGCGACAGCAAGUGCAGGUAUACGAUUGA